UUCUUUUCUUUCCUCCUCACCAUAUUGGAAAUGUCCGCCGCCAGUGAAUCCAAAUACUCCACCGAGGUGCUUUCCGAGUUAUUAGCCAAAUUACAGGUGGCUGAUAACAAGGAUGAUGCUGCUGCUUCACUCUCGUCCUUCUUGAACUCAUCCAUCGUUGAGCACGAUGCUCCUGUUGAGUUCUUCCAGGACUUGAAGAAGCAAAUCUCCAACAAGGCCACUGCCAUUGGUGCCUUGCAAGCUUACAGACACAUUGCCUCUGCCAACGCUUUGUCUCCAUCCAUUGAGCCAUAUGUUGUUGAGUUGGUUGCUGACGUUGCUGCUAAGGCUGGUGACAAGGACAAGGAUGUUCAAACUGCUGCCUCCGACGCCUUGUUGGCCAUUUCCACUGCCAUCACCCCAACCGCCAUCAAGGUCCUCUUGCCAAAGUUGUUGGAAUCUUUGACUACCACCAACAAGUGGACCGAAAAGGUUGCCGUCUUGAGAUCGAUCACUCAAUUGGUUGACACUGCCAAGGACCAGAUUGCCUUGAGAAUGCCUGAAUUGAUCCCUGUCUUGUCCGAAUCCAUGUGGGAUACCAAGAAGGAAGUCAAGGAAGCCUCCACUGCUACCAUGACCAAGUCUACUGAAACCAUCGACAACAAGGAUAUCGAAAAGUUUAUCCCUAAGUUGAUUGAAUGUAUUGCUAAGCCAACCGAAGUUCCAGAAACCGUUCACUUAUUGGGUGCCACCACCUUCGUUUCCGAAGUCACCAUGGCCACUUUGUCCAUCAUGGUCCCAUUGUUGUCCAGAGGUUUGGCUGAACGUGACACUGCCAUCAAGAGAAAGGCUGCUGUCAUUGUCGACAACAUGUGUAAGUUGGUCGAAGACCCACAAGUUGUAGCUCCUUUCUUGGACAAAUUGUUGCCAGGCUUGAAGGCUAACUUCCAAACCAUGGCUGAUCCAGAAGCCCGUGACGUUACCCAAAGAGCCUUGAACACCUUGAAGAGAGUUGGUACCGUUGGUGAGGACGAUGUUAUCCCAGAAGUCUCUACUGCUGGUGACAUUCCAGUUACCUUGGGUGAAUUCGAAAAGUUGUUGGAAGGAAAGAACAUCAACAAGAGAUUCGACGUUGUCAAGACCUACAUUGCUGCUAUUGCCGGUGACUUGAUCGACGAAAGAGAAAUCCAGCCUGAAGCUUGGUUGCACAACAUCUUGCCAUUUGCUACCAUCUUCUUGCACGAAGCUGAAUCCAAGGACAUCAUUGAAGAAUUCAGAAAGAGAGCCCUUGACAACAUCCCACAACCUCCUGCCUUCGAAGACGAAGAAGAUGAAGGUGAAGACUUGUGUAACUGUGAGUUCUCGUUGGCCUACGGUGCUAAGAUCUUGUUGAACAAGACUCAAUUGAGAUUGAAGAGAAACAGAAGAUACGGUUUGUGUGGUCCUAACGGUGCUGGUAAGUCCACCUUGAUGAGAGCCAUUGCCAACGGUCAAGUUGAAGGUUUCCCAACCCAAGAUGAAUGUAAGACUGUCUACGUCGAACACGACAUUGAUGGUACUCACGCCGACACUACUGUCACUGAAUUCGUCAUCCAAGAUGGUGAAGUUGGUUUGACUGAAGAAGUCGUCACCGAAAAGUUGAUUGAAUUCGGUUUCUCCGAUGCCAUGACCAAGAUGCCUAUUCAAUCUUUGUCUGGUGGUUGGAAGAUGAAGUUGGCCUUGGCCAGAGCUGUCUUGAAGAACGCUGACAUCUUGUUGUUGGAUGAACCAACUAACCAUUUGGACACUGUCAACGUCGCUUGGUUGGUCAACUACUUGGAAACCUGUGGUAUCACUUCCAUCAUUGUUUCCCACGACUCCGGUUUCUUGGACAACGUCUGUGAAUACAUUAUCCACUACGAAGGUUUCAAGUUGAGAAAGUACAAGGGUAACUUAUCUGAAUUCGUCAAGAAGUGUCCUUCUGCUCAAUCUUACUACGAGUUGGGUGCCUCUGACUUGGAAUUCAGAUUCCCAGAACCAGGUUUCUUGGAAGGUGUCAAGACCAAGCAAAAGGCCAUUGUUAAGGUGUCUUCCAUGUCUUUCCAAUACCCAGGUACCACUAAGCCACAAAUCCAAGACAUUAACUUCCAAUGUUCUUUGUCUUCCAGAAUUGCUGUCAUUGGUCCAAACGGUGCUGGUAAGUCUACCUUGAUUAACGUCUUGACUGGUGAAUUAUUGCCAACUACUGGUGAAGUUUACGUCCACGAAAACUGUCGUAUCGCUUACAUUAAGCAACACGCUUUCGCUCACAUUGAUAACCACUUGGACAAAACCCCAUCUGAAUAUAUCCAAUGGAGAUUCCAAACUGGUGAAGACAGAGAAACCAUGGACAGAGCUUCCAGACAAAUCUCUGAAUCCGACGAGCAAAACAUGAACAAGAUCUUCAAGGUCGAAGGUACCCCAAGAAGAAUUGCUGGUAUUCAUGCUAGAAGAAAGUUCAAGAACUCUUACGAAUACGAAAUCUCCUGGAACUUGGGUGAAAACGUUGGUAUGAAGAACGAAAGAUGGGUCCCAAUGAUGUCUGUUGACAACACCUGGUUGCCAAGAGGUGAAUUGAUGGAAACCCACUCCAAGUUGGUCGCUGAAGUCGAUAUGAAGGAAGCCUUGGCUUCCGGUCAAUUCAGACCUUUGACCAGAAAGGAAAUCGAAGAACACUGUGCCAUGUUGGGUCUUGAAACCGAAUUGGUUUCUCACUCCAGAAUCAGAGGUUUGUCUGGUGGUCAAAAGGUCAAGUUGGUCUUGGCUGCUUGUACCUGGCAAAGACCUCAUUUGAUCGUCUUGGAUGAACCAACCAACUACUUGGACCGUGACUCUUUGGGUGCUUUGUCCAAGGCCUUGAAGGCUUUCGAAGGUGGUAUUGUUAUCAUUACCCACUCUGCUGAAUUCACCAAGGACUUGACUGAAGAAGUCUGGGCUGUUUUGGACGGUAGAAUGACUCCAUCCGGUCACAACUGGGUCCAAGGUCAAGGUGCUGGUCCAAGAUUGGAAAACAAGGAAGAUGAUGAAGAAGACAAAUUCGAUGCUAUGGGUAACAAGGUUGCCGGUGCUAAGAAGAAGAAGAAGUUGUCUUCUGCUGAGUUGAGAAAGAAGAAGAAGGAAAGAAUGAAGAAGAAGAAGGAAUUGGGUGAUGCCUACGUUUCUUCUGACGAAGAAUUCUAAGCUAUUAUUGUAGCCCAACCUCAUUCAUAUUUCUUCCUUUUUUGUCUAUAUAAUAAUUGUUUAUUUCUAUACUCAUAAUAUUAUAGAUUGAUUUAUAAAAUAUAAGAACUCUAU